GCAGGCAGUCCAAUAAGGUGAUUUUCAUAAUCUUCCUUUAUCUUCUGUCAAGUUUUCCUUUCAUUGCAUCAUCAAUUCCUCCUCACAGCCAAAUAAAGGUCUGAUCUUUCUGCCUUACCUCAAUCUCUGCAACUUUUCCUUUUCUAGUACCCUGUUUUUCACAUUUUCCAAGCCCAAGUUCAGUUGCUUUAAUUCAUUACAUCAUUAACACAUAAUCAACAUUCAACAACUCCUGCUCUCUUACCCUCCCCUGCUGUAAUCCUUUUUCGUUUCUUAUGGAUUUGGUCACCUGAACAACUACAACUGCAGUUGGUCACUGUCUCUCUCUUUCUCUCCCUAUAGCCACCCGCACCUCCUGCUGUGAGUAUGUAAAGGGUAAUUCUAGCUAGCAAGUUUCAUUAGUCCGAGAAACCAUGAGUCUCGAUGGCAUCAAUCUUCGUUGCUUUACCUUUGUUCUUGGUAUUGUUCUUGUUCUUGUUUUUGUUCUAGUUCCCGCAUUUGCUCUCAACACGGAUGGGGUACUUUUGCUUUCCUUCAAAUACUCUGUCCUCAGUGACCCAUUAUCAGUCUUGGAAAGCUGGAACUAUGAUGAUGUAACCCCAUGCUCAUGGAAGGGAGUGACCUGCACAGAAUUAGGCCUACCAGGCACACCAGACAUGUUUAGGGUCACUAGCUUGGUCCUCCCUCGUAGCCAGCUUCUGGGUUCAAUUCCUCCGGACCUGGGCUUCAUUCAACAUCUUAGGCAUCUUGAUCUUUCCAGUAACUUCUUGAAUGGAUCAUUGCCUAGUUCAUUUUUUAAUUCCACUGAACUGGAAGUGAUUUCUCUUUCUGGCAAUGAGAUCUCUGGUGACUUGCCUGAGUCUAUUGGUGGAAUGAGGAGUUUACAGUGCUUGAAUCUUUCUGAUAAUGCCUUGGCUGGGAAAGUACCUAAGAAUUUGACCACUCUACAAAAUCUUACAGUUCUUUCUUUAAGAACUAAUCACUUUUCUGGUUAUGUUCCAAGUGGUUUCAAUUCUGUCGAAGUGUUGGAUCUGUCCUCCAAUCUUCUAAAUGGGUCAUUACCUCUUGAUUUUGGUGGGGAUAAUUUGCGUUACUUGAAUCUCUCUUGCAACAAUCUUUCAGGGCCAAUUUCACAAGCAUUUGCAAAGAAAAUUCCUCAGAAUGCCACCAUUGAUCUCUCUUUCAACAACCUAACUGGAGCAAUCCCAGAAUCUGUGUCUUUGCUUAAUCAAAAAACAGAAUCAUUCAGAGGAAAUGUGGAUCUUUGUGGCAAACCAUUGAAGAAUCUUUGCUCAAUCCCAUCUACUCGCACUCCUCCACCAAAUAUUUCAACCAUUUCACCAGCUAUUGCAGUCAUACCAAAACCACUAGAAUCAAACCCAGUAGCAAGCUCGUCAGGAACCCAAAACACUACCACACAAAACCAACCCAAAAACGGUCUAAAAACAACCACUAUAGCUGCUAUCGCUGUGGCAGAUUUAGCAGGCAUAAGCAUUCUCGCUAUGGCCAUUCUUUAUGUAUACCAACUGAAGAAGAAGAAGACUCUCAACCAAAAGCAUAACAACAAUAACAGACCACCAAAGAGCGAGCAAAAACUACCAUCAGAAACCAUAAUAUCAAAAGUUGAUCAGACACCAGUGGAGCCAAGAAAACCCACAACCUGGUCAUGCCUAACCAUUAAAGCUGAAGAAACAUCAGAAGAAGCGACAACUUCAGAUAGCGACCACGACGGCGGCGAAGGAGGGGGCCAGCAGAAUGAAGUUAUCAAUGUGAACCAGAACCAGCACCAGCAGAAAGGAGGAAAGCUUGUGAUAGUGGACGGGGAGACGGAACUGGACAUGGAAACACUGCUAAAAGCAUCAGCAUACAUAUUGGGAAGUAGCAAAGCAAGCAUAGUGUACAAGGCUGUGCUCGCAGAUGGUACUGCGUUUGCAGUGAGGAGGAUAGGAGAAAGUGGUGUGGAGAGUUUCAGAGAUUUUGAGAACCAAGUGCGGUUCACUGCGAAGUUCAGACACCCAAAUUUGGUUAAGGUUCGUGGGUUUUAUUGGGGAGACAAUGAGAAGCUUGUUAUUUAUGACUAUAUCUCCAAUGGCAGCCUUGCAAGCUCCAGUUACAGAAAAUCUGGUUCGUCAUCAUUUCAUAUGCCCCUAGAAGUUCGGUUCAACAUAGCAAGAGGCGUAGCUCGAGGACUAGCCUUCAUUCAUGACAAGAAAUAUGUGCAUGGUAGCAUCAGACCUACCAACAUCCUCUUAAACUCUGACACGGAGCCCAUAAUAGCUGAUUUCGGGCUAAACCGGCUUAUCUCCAGCAAUAACAAUAGCUGCAAAGCUAGCAAUUCCGGCUGGCAUUUUGGAAACCAGAGAUCCAAUUCUACUUCACAAGACCACUUUAUCACUGCUAGCCCCUAUGCAACCCCUAGCUUCUCCAUAACUACCUGUACGUCACCGUAUCAAGCACCGGAGUCUUUAAAGAAUCUAAAGUCAAACCCUAAAUGGGAUGUCUAUUCAUUUGGUAUUAUUUUGCUUGAACUUCUCAUUGGUAGAGUGCUUUCAAAUCGAGAAUUAAGCCAAUGGACUACUGGUUCAAUGACAGAGGACAAGAACCAGGUUUUGAAAUUGGCUGACGUGGCGAUCAUGGCUGACGUGGUGGCUAAAGAAGAUGCCAUGGUGGCAUGCUUGAAGUUAGGGUUUAGUUGUGCUUGUUUUGCACCAGAAAAGAGACCUUCCAUGAAAGAAGCACUUCAAGUCCUAGAGAAAAUCACUUGAGAUUGCAAACUUUCAAAACUAAUGAUGUGUUUGGGUCCCAUAUAUAAGUGUGUGUUGUUGGAUUAAAGGGGUAGAGAUUUCUUUUUAUCUUUUGCUGGCUUGAAAUGCUGCAUAAAGAAAGAGCAAAGAGAGGAGUGUGGAUAUCUUAUAUGAAAUUGUGCAUGCUUGUAUGUUUGACUGAUUAAUCAAUCAGACAAUCGUUUUUUUUUU